AUGUUGGGCAGAACCACGAGAGAUGAUUUAUGCGAACGCCAUAAAGCCCUAAGUAAACCGCUAGCUGUUGUCAAGAACGCUCAGGGUUGGCUACAAGGUAUUUGCCCUGUUGACGCAGGCCUGGAUUGUGGGAGGGGUUUACAAUUUGAAGAACUUUUAGUGACUAGGGCUCCUCUGGAAACGCCCGCCGCAGUGGUACUAGCCCAAAUUCACCCAUGCCUUGCUGGGUUCUGCUCCCCCACCCCCACCCCCAUUCUAUUCCAGGGAGAAGCUGGCUCGACAGGCCACACUAAACUCUGCAAACACUACGGAGCCGCUGGUCCGAACCACUCCGGUCCUCCCGGCGAAGCUUGCGGGGCUGGAGCGGCAUUUGUGCCUCGCCUGUUCGUGCCCUCCCCAGCAGAUUGUCUAAAGCCACAGGGAAAAAAUGGUGGAAAAUUCACCGUCGCCAUUGCCAGAAAGAGCGAUUUAUGGCUUUGUACUUUUUUUAAGCUCCCAAUUUGGCUUCAAUAUUGGGCAGUCGCAUUACCUGUCUACCUCCUUAUUACUAUAGUAAUCAGUUACGUCCUCUUAUUUGGAGUUAACAUGAUGAGCACCUCUCCGCUGGACUCCAUUCACACAAUCACGGGUAAGUGUAUCUGAAAGGAAAGUGCUGCGGGAUCGGGGAGUGGGGCAUUAGCGCUUUUAUCAAGAAACACAACCAAGAAUAAUAGACCGUAAUAGGUAACACUCAUUGGCACAGUAAAAAUAAUCCAGGAAAAAUACAGAGUUAUGUAACUCAUUGCCGUUGAGUUGAUUCUGA